AAAGAGAGCGAGUUGUGUGUGGAAAAAUGAUAUUGUUAUUUGUUCUGAGCGACUGCCGUUCAAUGAUGCAAGCACCCAGGAAAUAGCAAUAGAAUCUGAAUCUGACAACGUGAAAAUAAUAUUGCUGAUAUAUAUAAUGAUUAUAACAUUCCGUAAUCAGUAAACAGUGAGCAAUCUUUAAAUAUAAAAAUGUUUUCAAUGAACAACUGUUUCCAUUUUUAAUUUAUUUUUACAAUGCUUGCCUUUUAUAGAUACUUUUUUGUUGUGUUUUAAAGUGAAUGAACCAUUCUCAAUUUUCUUAAGUCACGUUAAUAUUUCGCUUAAAUCAAAUCAGGAAGCAGAUCCCGCACUUUUAAGAAAUUCUCUCUGUUCUUUCCAUAUUUUUAAUUAGAAUACCGGCACAUGUAGGGUCUCUUAAAGUAGAGUCUCUUAAAGUACUCGUUAUGAUCCCAUCGUAAGUUCUCUUCCAGUGAGCAGCUUGAAACCGGUAUUCGCUGUAUACGAAAGAGAGCACAGAACACAGAAAUAGAAUGCUGAUCAGGUUCAGAAGUUUAUCGUCAAUCAGUGGCGGCUUUAGCCAGGUUGCUGUCUGAGCAACAAUCUUUUAUAUAUAUAUAUAUGUGUAGGUCGGGUUGGGGCUCAGUUGCUUGCCGAGCGUCGCCUUGAGCACAAUGGCUAUGAUGAAAGUGUUGCUUCCACUGUUGUGUCUGGUGGCACUGUUAAUAACACCCAACGAUGCCUCUCGCAGAUCCAAGAACCACACCAUGUCCGCGAAGCCAUUCAAGGUACUCAUCACGCAUCCAGAGGUGCCACAGUCGGGCAUCGAUCUGCUCAAGGAGAACUGUGAGCUGAUCCAGGUGCAGAGUUUGCCGCCAAGUCGUACUGAGCUGCUGCAGAAGGUCAGAGGCGUCGAUGGCAUCUUCUGGGGUGGACAUGAACUCCUCAACGCUGAAGUACUCGAUGCGGCUGGACCACAAUUGAAAUCCAUUUCGACGAUGUCAGCGGGCCUUGACAACGUCGACUUGGAUGAGGUGAAACGUCGCAAGAUUCCCCUGGGACACACGCCCACCGUUCUGAAUCCAGCUGUUGCCGAUUUGGCGGUGGGUCUCCUCAUUGCAGCCGGUCGUCGCUUUCACGAGGGGCGCAAGAAGAUUGAAACUGGCCACUGGGAGAACUAUCACCUGAACUGGAUGCUUGGCCAGGAUGUGCGUGACUCUGUUGUUGGCUUCUAUGGCUUUGGCGGCAUUGGCCAAGCGAUUGCCAAGCGUCUGUCCAGCUUCGAUAUCGAUCAGGUGUUGUAUACUACAAGGCGUCGCGUCCACAGGGAAAUUGAGCAGGAGCUCAAUGCCAAAAAGGUUCCCUUUGAUGAGCUGCUGAACAAGAGCGAUUUUGUCGUCAUUUGCGCUCCAUUAUCGGCAGAGACGCAGGGUGUCUUCAAUGCCACCGCCUUCAACAAGAUGAAGACCACCGCCGUCCUGGUGAACAUUGCACGUGGCAAGAUUGUCAAACAGAAUGAUUUGUAUAAUGCGCUCAAGUCGAACCGAAUCUUUGCCGCUGGUCUGGAUGUUUCAGAUCCCGAACCACUGCCACCCAAUGACAAGUUGCUAACCCUGGACAACCUCGUCAUUAUGCCGCACAUUGGAUCGGCCACAAAUCGCACCCGUUCCGAGAUGGCCACAAUUGCCGCUCACAAUGUGCUGCGCGGCUUGGCCGGAGAGCGAAUGCUGUCGCCUGCCUAUUAGAAGAAAUCAUGGAAUAACUAUGCAAACCCACUGAAGUGUGCAAGGCCUAUUGACAGCUGGGAAAAUAACUAACAAUAGUCUGGAUAAUUAAUGAAUAAACAUCAAAUAAACGAAAUUAAAGAAAA